CCUGGGGGAGGUCGGUGCCCGCGCGCGGCCCUGGGUCCAGAAUCGCAGGGGGAGCAGGUCUCCUCGGCUCCCUGUCCUCCUGUCCUCGGGUCCCCUGCCCUCCGUCCCCCGUGGGGCGGGACCACGUGGCGGUGCGCGCCGGGGACUUUCCCCUGAGGGCGCGGAGGCGGAGCGCACCCUGCCCAGASGCAGAAGGGGCGGCGCCUCUCCCGAGAGGCCACCGCGGCCACCCACAGGACCCAGGGCCACCACCGUGGCCACCCCGUGGACCAAGGACCAGCACCAGGGCCGCGGCCUGGGAAGAAGGCCCUGUCCGAGGGGCCACAGUCCGGGACCUCAGACCUCCCGGAACACUCGCUCUGCUCCUCACGACCCGGCGGGCCGCCCGCUCCUUAUGGCCGCACACAAAGGACAGGGACGGCUCUGGCUCCUGGGAGCUCACAGGUGUGCCGGGCGGCAUCCCCUUGGUGAACUGGCCUGAGAUCCGCCCCAGCAACCCUCCAGGAACCUGGCCCGAGGCACGGGGAAGGGUCGCCGGCAUCCGGAACAUGCCUCCGCGCUCCCCAGCUUCUCCUGCCUGCAGCCGCACCCACCCGUGCCCAUGGCCUGCCCGGGCCCGUCACUGCCCGGCGCCUUCGACCUCCUGGGCGCGGCGGGCCAGGACAAGCUGCUCUACCUGAAGCACAAGCUCAAGACUCUGCGCCCGGGCUGCCGGGGGGCCGGCCUGCUGCACGCCAUGGUGCUGCUCACGCUGGGCCAGGAAACCGAGGCCAGGAUCUCCCUGGAGGCCCAGAAGGAGGACGCGGCGGCCCGGCUGGUGGCCCGCCAGUGGGCCGGCGUGGACGGCGCCGAGGCCCUGGAGGAGCCCCCCGACGUGUCCUGGGCCGUGGCCCGUGUCUACCACCUGCUGGCCGAGGAGCAGCUGUGCCCAGCCUCGCUGCGGGACUCGGCCUACCAGGCCGCCCUCCGCGCCCACGGCUCCAGGGGCGACCGCCGGCUGGCCGAGCUGCAGGACGAGGCCCGGGACCGGUGCGGGUGGGACGUCCUCCGGGACCUGAGUGGCUUCCAGCCCCUCUGUUCCGACCUGGGUGGCCUCCCACCGUCCUCGGCGUCACCCUCUGGGGCCAGGAGCCUCCCGCGCCCCAUCGACAGCCAGCGGGACUGGAGCCAGGGGCGCUCCCUGCGGUCCACCAGCAGCCCCGUCUCCCUGACCCGCAGCUUGGCCAUCAGUCAGUCCCCCACCAUGCCCCUCGCGAGCCCGCAGCGCAGCACCCCGGGGCCCAGCAAGCUCUUCCAGGAGCCCCAGGCCAGCCCGGGGCCUGAGCCUGUCCCCACGGGCUGCCAAGAGCCAGAGGAGAUGAGCUGGCCCCCUUCAGUGGACGCGGCCUGCUCCCCGGAGCUGGCAGACUGCCCCGUCCCCAGGCUCCCUGCGGCGGCCCCAGCCCCAGCCGCUGCCCAACCCCCUGAGCCCCCCGAGGCUCCAGAGACCAGCAGCCAAGGCCCAGUGGAGUGCACAGAGCGGUCUGCGGGCCCCGGACCUCUGCCCCUGCCCACUGUGGAGGCCACGGAGAGUCCUGGCCUUGUCAAGGAGGGGACACCACCCCAACUCUCGGGAGAAGAGACCGCACCCCAGAAGAGCAAGCCAAGCCCACCCACGGCCUCCCUGCCUCCGACCCCAGCCUCCACGUCCCCCUGUCCCUCCUCCUUUGAGUCAGUGUCAUCCGAGCAGAAGUUCUAUAACUUUGUGGUCCUCCACGCCAGGGCUGACGAGCAGGUCGCCCUGCGAGUGCGGGAGAAGCUGGAGGCCCUCGGGGUGCCAGAUGGGGCCACCUUCUGCGAGGACUUCCAGGUGCCGGGGCGCGGGGAGCUGCGCUGCUUGCAGGACGCCAUUGACCACUCGGGCUUCACCAUCCUGCUGCUGACCUCCAACUUCAACUGCCGCCUGAGCCUGCACCAGGUCAGCCAGGCCCUCAUGAGCAGCUUCACGCAGCACGGGAGGGAGGACUGCGUCGUGCCCUUCCUGCCCCUGGAGAGCUCCCUGGAGCAGCUCGGCCCCGACACGGCCAGCCUGCUCACGGGCCUCGUGUGGCUGGACGAGAACUCCAAGGUCUUCACCAGGAAGGUGGCCAACACCUUCAAGCCGCAGAAGCUGCGGGCGCGCAAGGCCCACUGGAGGAAGGAGCAGGACGUCCGCGCCCUGCGGGAGCACAGCCAGCACCUGGAGGGCGAGCGGCGGCAGGCGGCCGCCAUGGCCGCCGCGUACUGGGACAGCCUGCAGAGCUACGGGGCCUGGCAGUCGCAGAUGGACAGGCUCCAGGCAGCCUUCGGCAGCCACUUGUCCUUCCGGACUCAGGUGCCUCACCCGUCUCAGGUGCCCCUGGGGGGCCAGGUGCCCUGGGGGGAGCCGUCCCCCCUCCCCACCUGGCCGGGACACCCCCAGCCGCCUCCGUGGCCAGCGGGCAGCCCCGCGCCCGCCUUCCCGCCGCCGCCCGCGGCCCCGCCGGCCCCGGGGUUGCAGCCCCUCAUCAUCCACCACGCGCAGAUGGUGCAGCUGGGGCUCAGCAACCACAUGUGGAACCAGAGGGGGGCCCAGGCGCCCGAGGACAAGACGCAGGAAGAAGGGCGGUGACCAGCCGGGCCACGGG